CUGCGCUGGUGGACGUGCCGGCGCUACACGCGCACACAUUAUCGUCGGGCGAUCCGACGAUUGGACAAUCGAUAUCCGAAUGCCGUACAGCAUCGUAUUCACACAUCUAGUUAUCAACAUCCUUAUUUUCCUCAGUUUUGGUGGCAAGAGCCUAAGCUUCGACAGCUGGUUGAAAUCCAAAUGAGGUGAUGAGAUAGCAAAGAGAUUGAGAUUCGUCAUCUCCAAAGAACCAAAUAAGACUGCUUCUACCAUGGCAACACCCCGAUCCGGACUCAAGCCACCGACGCGGAUCAGCAAGACAGGAGGGAUUCCGCGCCCAGGAAGUCUGAAUUCACAGACUGUCAAGGUGGAAGCAUCCCUGUUACACGCCACUCGUAUCAAAGAUGCUGUGGCCCAGUCUGCCCGGGUGGCUGGUAUGAAACCAUCGGAAGCCGGCCACUAUGCAGACAACCUCGUCAAGGUGGUUCCCUCCACAAAUUCCUCUAACUCCUCCACCCCUAAGGACAACUUCAUCAUCGGCGAGCGGGUCAUUGUCAGUGGCAACAAGCGGGGCUACAUCCAGUACCUCGGUGAGACCCAGUUUGCUCCUGGCCAGUGGGCCGGGGUGGUGCUGGACGAGCCCGUGGGCAAGAAUGAUGGCUCAGUCAACGGGGUUCGGUACUUCCAGUGCGAGCCCAAACGUGGGGUCUUCGCCCGGCCCGAUAAACUGUCGCGCGAGUCGGCUGCGGGGAGUGCCAACCUGGCAUCGGCCGUGGCCGGGCAGGGUCUGGCCAGACCCACGGGGCUCCCGUCAGCCCCCAGGAUGGGGACAAGGGUGGCCUCGCCCAGGGGAUCAGUGGCCAAGAUGCCGCCCCCAACAGCAAAGCCUGCGACCGUUGUAGAGGAAACGUCAGGGGAUAACACCAAUAUAGGGCUCAAGGGAGGGGACCGCGUCGUCGUCAGCGGUACUAAGCUGGGGACGCUGAGGUACAUCGGCACCACCGAGUUUGCCAAGGGGGAGUGGGCAGGUGUGGAGCUGGAUGAAGAGCUGGGGAAAAAUGAUGGUGCUGUGGCGGGAACAAGGUACUUCCAAUGCAAGCCCAAGCACGGCCUCUUUGCCCCCAUCCACAAGGUGGCUAAGGUGCGGGGCAAGCCCCCUCCCCGGUCCAGCACCUUGGAGACAGUCACCAGGGAGAAGCGCAGCAGCAGCACCAGCUCGCUGAGCUCCAUGGGGUCCACGGCCUCCAAUUUCUCCAGGAAUUUGGGCCAAGGUGGCAUGGCUGACCUUGCCUCACCGCGGACACACGAAGGCUCCCGGCGAACCAGUGCCGGUGUGUCACAGGUGGAAAAAAGAAAUGGCUUUGGUUUUAGAGCUGAAAAUGCGCACGUGCAUGGCCAAGGUGAUGAAUUGCACAACGAGUCCAGUGUGGUUGCCGCUGUAACGCAGCCCCUCCACCAAGAGUCCCCCGCCCCCCGACUUCAGCGCAAGAGGGACAGUGAUUCUGGCCUGAGCAGGGAAUCGCUCGAGUCAUCUCACCAGGCCGAGCAUGAACUAGCAGUUAUCAAGGCUCAGCACGAACAGUACGUACGCGAGAGCGAAGAGAACUUGGACUCGUUGAGGGCGCUGGUGGAAUCGGCCGACAAGGAGAAGGUGGAGCUGUUGCAGCAGCUGGAAGAGGAGAGAAGAAAGUUGGAAGACCUUCAGUUCCGCCUGGAAGAGGCCAACAUUAAUUCCACAGACCUUAAGGCUGAGCAGAAGGAAGAAUCAGCCCGAGUGAAAACUUUGAAGGAGAGAUUAGUGGAGGAAAACCAGAGGGCAUCCAAACUACACCAAGAGGUUGACUCAUUACAGAGCCAGUUUGAGGAGAAGGACUUCAAGAUUGCCGAGCUGGAGGCGGAGGCGGCCACCUACCAGGAGCAGAUCGAGUUCCUGCAGAAGGAGAACCAGAACGCCCUGGGCCUGGUGGCCAAGCAGGAGUACAACAAGCUGGUGCAGAAACAGCGGGAGGAGAUGCUGACCCAGCGGGACCUGGAGAUUGCUGGCCUGCAGGAGAAGAUGGCCGGCAUGGUGCGGGAGAAGAAGGGGCAAGAGGAGGAGCUGGCCCAGUUGAAAGAACAAAUACAAGAUGGGCUUUCAAAGCAGCAACAAUCAGCAAAAACAAUAGAAGAUUUAACCAAUCAGCUUUCGGAGAAAGAGACUUCACUGCAAGACCUCACAGCGUCUGUCCAAGAAUUAAAGAACACAUGCGCAGAUUUAGAAAGAAAAUGUGUGGCAAGUGUAGAUCGGUGCGCCCAACUGGUCGAGGACAAGCAGAAACUGGAGGCUGAUAUUGCCCAAAUGAUGAAGAGCUCCGGCGACAGCUCAGAGCAGCUGGUCAACCUCAACGAGCAGCUGCGGUCAAAGGAGAGGCGGGUCGAGGAGCUGAUGGCCGAGCUGUCAGAGGCCAACCAGUCAGUAGCUAAGCUGCGGGAGACGAUGAGCCAGAGCUCUGAGGCAGCGCAGAGAGAGGCCAUGACAGCUGCCGACAGACAUCGGCAAGAGCUUGAGAAGUGCCGGCUGGAAAUCCACUCACUGCAAGCAAGCGUAGACACCGCCCAGGCCAAGCUUGCCCAGGCCCAGGAGGCUCACAGCACGGAGGUGGAGGCACUUUCGGCCGGCCACAAGACCACGCUGGCCGAGGUCAGGGAAGGAGCCGAGAAACAGAAGGUGGAGUUUGAGAAGCUGGCAGAGAAGGCGGGCGGACUGAGGAGCUCGCUGCAGGAGGCCGAACACAAGCUGACUAAGUUAACGACGGACAAAACACAGGUGGAGUCCAGCCUGGAGCAGAUGACCAAGGAGAGGGACCGGCUGAAAGAGGAGCUGGACCAGAGCCUGGCCGAGAAGCAGCAGCUGUCGCUGGCCAAAGCCGAGCUGAGCCUGAGGCAUGAUGAGUCCCUGGGCAAGCACAAGCAGCUACAGGAGCAGGUGGAGAAAGAGGGCCAGACGGCAACCGAGCUCCAGCAAACCCUAGAGGAGUCUAAAUCGACCCUGGAGAGGCUGACCCAGGAGCGGGACACAGCCCUGAGGGAGCGGGCCGAGGCCCUGGCCCAGGCCCAGGAGGUGGCCAUGAAGCUGGAGAGCAAGACCUCGGAGGUAGCCGAGAUGGCCAAGAGGGAAGGGGAGCAGCACCAGGAGCAGCUGCAGCGACUGGUGGAGGAGUCUACGGCAGCCAAGGAAGGCAGCCAGCAGCUGAGGGCGCAACUUGAGGCAGCAAACCAAAGUGUGGAGGAGCUCUCUGCACAGAAGUCACAGCUUGAAACGGACAAAACGACAUUGCAGAAGCAGCUUGUGGAAGCUCAGAAGUACACCGCUGACGUGAACCAACAGGCUGGCAAAGAGCUAGAGGAUCUGCGGACAUCACUGGAGACACUGACCAGAGAAAAGGACACCCUGGCUCAGGAGAAACAAGUUGCAGUCCAGGAUAAGGAAGCGCUCCUUAAGGACAGAGAGGCCCUCCGGCAAGCCCAGGAGGUCCUCAGACAAGAACAGGAGACUGUCAGGAGGGAGAAAGAAGCUGCUGUCCAGGAGAAGGAAACAGUACUCAAGGAGAAGGUAACAGCAGAAGAGAAGAACUCGGCCCUGGCCCAGGAGAAGGAGGCAGUCCUGCAGGCCAAGGCGUCAGCCGACAGCCAGGUCCAGGAGGUGGAGCGGCAACGAGCGGGGCUGCAGGGGGAGGUAGAAGGGCUAAGGCGGCAGGUGGACACUUACAAGCAGCAGCUGGAGUCUCUGACGCAGGCAACGGAGGAAGGCCAGAGCACCUUGGGUUCCCUGCAGGCUCAGCUAGCUGAAGCCAGAUGUGAGGCCGAUGCCAGGCAACACCAAGCAGAACAGUUGCAAGCCGAGGCCACCAGACUAAAGAAGGAAGUAGAAACAGUACAGGAAGAAAGGCAAGCCAAACAGCAGUUGGCUGCUGAGCAUACACAGGUCCUUAAAGAAUUCCAGGAGCUGAAAGACAAGUUUGAGACAGAGACCAUGGGAUACGAAGCUGAAAGGGACUCUGUCCAGAACACGUUGGAUGUCACCAACUCGUUAGUGUCUGAGAAAGAACAGGAGGUUGAGAGACAGAACCUGGAGAUUGCCAGCCUGAAGGGAGAAGUGGCCUUACUGGGCAGCUAUAAAACCUCAGUGGAAAGGCUAGAAGACGAGAAGACCAGGCUAGAGGAGCAGGUCAGUGACCUACAAGCCGCACUGCAGCAGGUACAGCUGCAGGCCGGCCAAGCAUCUCAGCCCAGCAGCAGGGAGGUAGAUGUGGACGGAGAUCCUGUUCUCGCUAAGUUGCAGGAGGAAAGGGAGAUGGCGGAAGGCCAGGUGACCUUCCUCAAUUCAGUCAUCGUCGACCUUCAACGCAAGAAUGAUGAGCUGCGGGCGCGGCUAGAGAUAAUGGAGGAAGGAGGGAUAAAUGGUGCCCACAAUGACCUGUCACUGGAUGACAUGGACCUGGAAUUGUCCAACCGAAUGCCCCCACCCCGCCUGUUCUGCGACAUCUGCGACGUAUUUGACCUCCAUGACACAGAAGACUGUCCCCUGCAGUCCAGUUCGGACAGUCCUCCGCCGUCCCAGUUUCACGGUGCUAGACACGAAGACAGGGCGUACUGCGAUAUAUGUGAAGUCUUUGGACAUUGGACAGAGAACUGUGAUGAUGAGCAGACGUACUAAGUCCACCCCCGUGAAAUACCCUCACCACUCGUCAAGUACUGAGCAACUGCUCGAAAAGUUGGGACUUUGCUCAACUGCGUAUUGAGGUACCAGGAGCUUGCUGAAUUCCACGUGGAAAACAAUUUCUGGUAGAUUUGUAAAUUUUCAGCAUCUCCCAGGAUUGGGCCUUCUUUACUCUUUCAAGAUUUGUCCAAACUUCUGUAAACUUACAGAAAAAAAUGUAAAUUUCAUGGCUCCCGUUUGCCAUCAUACCACACAUUUUUGGUAACAAAGCUUGGGGCCAAAUAGAAUGCCACUCAAACAAGCACUGUUUGAUUGCAAGACUGAAUAGUCAGGCCUGUACAUGCAGUGUUUUCAUCGGUACACAUUCGGCAUGCAUAGUGUAAACCUUUACCAGUGAGAAAGCAUGUGGUUUGCCUACGGUGACUGGGAACUUUGGAACCAGCUAAACCUGGUGUACUAGCCAUUGCAGUUUCUAGUGUUCAGUCUUGAACAUGUUGCAGAAAUACGUACUUUGCCUUGCCUGGUUUCCACCACUUCAUAAAUGGAAAUGAACAAAAUGCACAAACUUGUCAAAGUGUAGGCCUUUUAUAUGCUUUUAUGCUGGCUUGGAUGUUUACAGUGACCUCAGUGGAAUGCCUUUGUGAGGUAAUAUUUAUCUGUAGUGGAUAUUUAAAAAUUUGCAAAUUGUAGAAAGCCUCAAAAUGAUCUAAUGCAGUGAUUUGGAUGCAGUAGGAAAAUAGCAGCGUCCUUUUUUGUGUUGGUGAUGCAGCUGUUGACCAUAAAGUAGAUUUCUUACGUGGAGAAUUGGAGUAGGGUUAAGAAACAAGCUCAGUUGUGCUUCCAGUUUGUGAACUCUUGAACUUCUGUUGUUGAACAUGAGUCACACAUAGGAAAUGGACUCUUUUGGUGAUCGGUGCUCUUUACCCAGUUUGUGUUACCAACCUGUUUGGGAGGCGGGGAGUGUAAGGAGAUGGGGGGAGGAGGUUGGUAGCCAAGUGUGUAAAAUUAUAUGAAAGUUAUUUCAUCUAUUGAUCACUUUCAGAAAUGUUUCCCAUCCCAAGACUUAAAAAGAAAACAAAAAUGCAUAGUAAUUCUGUCUGCCCCGCUGUGUGUCUUGUAAUAAGUGCUACUCAAUUAUUUUUCCUCCUCAGAUAUGUAUAGUAAAUAUCAUGGAUCAAAAGGGGCGAUUCACAAUAAUGCGCCACCAAGAGUUUGCAAUGCGUUGGCCAAUCAUAACGGACACAAUUUGUCGACC